GUCACACAGGCCGUGAGAGGUGAAGCUUCGGUUGCCUUGGCUGCACCUUCUCAAGUAAUACGUGUUGGGUUUCUCUUGAUAUUUGGGUUGAACACUCCUCCAAACCACAGGCAUAGUUUGAGAUGUCAGAUGUUGAAAUGGAUAGUGAGCUUGUUGGGAGUAUUGAGAUGGGCGAUAUGAGAUUGACAGGUGAUGCAAUAUUGAGUUAUAGUUGGAGAGUGGACAGUUUGAUUAGGAGUGAGACUGCGUCUCACUUGGGAGAUUCUCCUCUCUAUACUUUUGCUUCGCGUGUGGACAGUGCCAUAAGGAGUAGCAGUGCUAGUUACGAAGCAGAUUAUGAGGCACACAAUAACAAUUCAACUACCACAAAUGUCCCUUCUCAUUUUCAAGCACAAACUCAGCUUUCCCUUCAACAAGUAGAACCAGACAAGAGCCAUUCUAAUGAGCCUGAGGCUGAUGCUGAUGCUGAUGCUGAUGCCUCUUCAGGGAUCAUGAGAUCAACCACUUUGGCUGCCAAGAGGGGCAUGGGAGCGCCAAGAAUGCGGUGGACAACCACACUCCCCUCUCGAUUUGUUCAUGUGGUUCAGCUUCUCGGUCGCCAUCAAAGUAAACGUUUGAAUUCAAAGGAUGGUAGCAAAGAAGAGAAUGGCUUUAGUGGUUUAAGUGGCAAGGUGUCCUCUUCAUCUAUGCUUCUAAGUCCUCAAAGUGAGGAUGAUAUAUUGCAGUUCAGCAAUUUGAAGAGCUUCACAUUCAAUGAGUUAAGAAUUGCUACAAGGAACUUUCGUCGGGAUGGUAUAGUGGGUGAAGGUGGUUUUGGUUUUGUGUUUAGGGGUUGGAUUGAUAAGAAGACACGAGACCCUGCUAAACCAGGGACAGGAAUGGUCAUUGCUGUGAAGAGGCUUAACAAGGAAAGCUUCCAAGGAUUUAGUGAAUGGUCGGCAGAAAUCAACUGCUUGGGGCGGCUGUGUCAUCCUAAUAUUGUGAAACUAAUUGGUUACUCCUUAGAGGGCGGUGACUUGAGCUUGGUGUAUGAAUUUGUGGCCAAGGGUAGUUUGGAUAAUCACUUAUUCAGGAGGGCUUGUUCUUGGACCAUCCGUGUGAAGGUUGCUCUUGAUGCUGCUAACGUUCUUGCAUUUCUACACAGUGAUGAAGUAAAUGUAAUAUAUAGGGACUUCAAAAGUUCAAAUAUCUUACUCGAUUCUAACUAUAAUAUAAAACUCUGUGAUUUUGGGAUGGCAAUAAAUGGACCAGAAGGUGAUAAGAGCCAUGUUUCUACAAUCGUAAAGGGCACCUAUGGCUACGCAGCUCCUGAGUAUAUUGCCACAGGUCGCCUAACCAAAAAGAGUGACGUGUACAGUUUUGGAGUUGUUUUGCUGGAACUUAUGUCAGGAAAACGUGUAAUGGACAAAAACAGGCCAAAAGGGGAGCAUAAUUUGGUUGAAUGGGCCAAACCACUCCUCAUUGACAAAAAAAGGAUCUCAAAAGUCAUGGAUGCUCGCAUAGAAGGCCAAUACUCAUAUAGAGAAGCAAAGAGAAUAGCUCAAAUUGCAAUUCAUUGCCUGUCUACAGAACCAAAAGUUAGACCAGACAUGAAUGAGGUGGUGAGAUCAUUGGAACAUCUUCAGGAUUCCAAAACACAAGUGAUAAAAGCACCAUUUCCAAGAUCAAACCAAUAAAAUAAAUGGUCAUAAUAGCUCAAGUUGCAAUGGCACUCCUAAUCCAAGUUUAUAUUCUUCUCCUCUUAGUACAUGACGAUUGACGAGUAAUAGCUCGGACACAUUGGAAAGAGAGAAAUUUUGAGAUUUGUACUAUACAGUUAAGAAUAACUUAAAAAAAAUUAUUAGUAUUACCUAUAUUGCACAAGAGGUGUUUCUGAAUCAGAUAAGUGAAGAGUUUUUCGUU